AAUAUUUAACAGGAAAAGAACUCGAAAGCUCAGAGCAUUGUGUUACAGUUCACUGAGUGUCUCCAGCACAGAACAAAACUACACUGCUUGCAUUAUUUGGGAACACACUGAAGCUGCUGACAGGUUUAAAUGCUGACCCAAGAUGACGACGGCCACGCCACUGACCAAUAACACUCAGCUCUCAGUGAAUGUGACCACAAAGUCCCAAGAACACAAUCUCUAUCAAAGCUCUGGAGCAAUAGUUGCUGCCAUCGUGGUGGGGGUGAUCGUUAUUUUCACAGUGGUUCUGCUCAUCCUGAAAACAUACAACAGGCGCAUGCGAGUGCGGCGGGAGCUGGAACCCAAGGGCUCCAAGCUGGCAGUGCCACCUCCUGUGGGGCACAGCAGCCACGGCCUGGCCCAGCAGCCCUCGGUGACCUUCAUCCCCGUGGACAUCCACCUGCAGAGCAGGUAACCAGGAGCUCCCUGCCAGAGAAGAGAUGGAAUUGUCACCCCAUGGAGCUGGGACUGCCCUGGGAGCAGCAGCCAGCUGGUGUUCCCUCUGUGAAGCGACACAAACCCUGGUUCCCUGCUUUGGCAGGAAAAACCAGAGGUCUGGACACUUCUGCUGUGACUGAAAUGACAGAUGGAGGUUUAGGAUGGCAGCAAGGCCUCCUCUGGGUCUGGAUAAACCAGGAAGAGAAGAUGCCCAGGUUUUGAGGAGCUUUUGCUCCCUCAGGAACUCUGCACCCUCUGUGUUCUGCUGAGGAACUGGAGGGAAAGUCUGGACAUGCCCCAAACCCAGCUGGGACCUGAGUUUGUUAUGAGUUACAUGCAAGAGGUUGGUGGAUUAUUUUAUACCUGAUGGGUACUACAGGAGGUAUCAAAAUUGUAUUUAUCUUUACUCAUAUUUCAAGUUUCUAAUCUCAAAUAUGUACAGGUUCUUAUUUUCAAGUAUUUUAAACUGUUUCUAUAAACU